AUGACGGCAACUCCAGAUGAUUCGUGGGCUUUUCAUCCAAUGUCGAUCCCGACUUCGACUUCAGCAGAUUUAGGGGAUAUUGCUUCUCAGAUUUAUUCUCCUGGUUCUUCUGGGUUAGUUCCUGAUUUAUCUGGGAAUUAUAUCACAGUUACCACUACACCAGCUGCAAGUCACUACGAAGCUUCUUUUAAUGCUGCUGGAGCAUCAUCAACAAAUCAAGAGGGUGGAAAUGAAAGCGAAACGACCAUGAAUAUGAAUAAUCAACUACAAACUUACCCGUUACUAUUCAACGCCAUAUCCGAAACUCCCAGCGUGCAACAUCUUCACCAGCGCUGGUGGGAAGGUGAUGCUGAAACAGUGCUAUGGAGUUUCGAUGUGCGCCAAAUCAGUCUAGUCAUUCGAUUCGGCUUCUUCCACGACAACAAUCAACCGCGCCAGAUACUUCUACGACGGAGUUAUAGUGUUCUCGAUACGUUUCUGACCUCUUUAUUACCACCAUAUGAAUCACAGUUCAUCCCUGGCUUGACGCAGAAUCAAAAAGUGGAGGAGAUUCUGCGACGAUGUCAGCCAACGACCAUAUCUAUGAAUUUGCAGUGGAGUUGGUAUCCAUCGCAAGUUCUUCGAGGGCCGGGACCGGCUGCUAUUGCGGAGGAGAUUGAGGUUGAGAGUCAAAUGCAUUUCAAAGCCGUGCCAUUUGAAGCGUGGGUGAGAUGCUCGUUGGGGUUUCCGGCGGCUGAGGCAGAUUGGUUCUUUCUGCAGCAUAAUGCGUUGUAUAUUAUUCUUUUGAAUCAUUUACAGGCUUAUCGAUAUGAGAUCCCCAAGUAUCGGGAAGUCGAGAAGCUCCUUCGGCAAAAAAGCCCCUUUGCCCACAAGGCUGUUGUGCAAUGUCUUAGUCAUUUCCCAGACGCAAAAGGAGAAACCCCCAAAUUAUCCAACAAGUCCAGUCUUGACUUCAUUGCCGGCCCUAUACAAGACUUGUUUCAGAAAUAUCCCGCCAAUCUGGUCUCUAUUCUGAAAAAGCUCAGUGUCAUCGCUAUCCGAUUUCGACAGACGUACAUCCAUGUCCCCAAGGUGGACUGGAACAAGAGACUGGACACACGAGCAAAAUAUCUAGAUGAGUUAUUGAAGGCUUUGUCACCCACAGACUUGGCAAGGUCUUUGACGAGGGCUGAUAAUCAGCUGUUUGGGCAGUUGUCGCGCGAAGCGCUCACGGAUGAUCAGAAUACAAUCCCUGAUAUGCUCCAUGCGCGAUGGGGUGAUUUGGUCAUGGCUGUUAGGGAGUGUUGUACUGCCAUGCCGGAUUUUGUACAGUUUAUACAGGAAUGCAUUCAGAUCCUCCAUAACAUGCGAAAUUAUAACUCGACUCUAGCUCUAAUCCAAGGCCUCCAACACAUCAGCAUAAACUUCCUCUGGGUCAAUCCAACCACUACCACCACUUCCACCACCACUACCACCACCACCACCACCACUCAGCCCGAAAUUCAAACAGUCAACAUCUACUCUCUCACACCACCGAAUGUAUCCUACAUAGCAGACCCAUCCAAUAACUACGCCUCAUACCGACAUGCAAUGAAAGUUACACCGGGCAUACCAUUCCUCUUACCACACAUAGUCGAAUAUCGACAACACGGCGUGACGGCUCUUGAUGAGUUGUUUGGCACUACAUAGGUGUCUACCUAACCUACCUAACCACCCAAUCGUUUCCUUUUCGGUCUAUUCUUCUCUUCUUAUAAUGUAUAAUCAUACAACUCAUUUGAACACAACUAGCUUGAUCCGUGAUCGCUUUCCAACCUGUCUGAUACUAUCCGAAUGUUGUUUUAGGUGUU